CGUAAAAAAAAAAACAUAACAGAAAUGGAGUCUCUCUGUCCAACUUUUGAACUCUCGUUAACCUCAAAGCUUCUCUUCUCUUCUCCUCCAUUUUCUUCUCAACCAUAUCAUAAAAAAUGGAGGGCCGUCUGUUCCGCUUCUUCCUUUCAUCGGACGGUUAAAACUGAUUCAAAGCCGCAAUCCGUCGCCCCAGAUUUUAUAAAAUCAAUCGGCAAAGGUGUUAUCGGUUUUGCUGCUGCUGCUGCUACUGCUCUCUCUUCACUACCUUAUUUCGAUUCUCCGGCGUUUGCAGAGGCAAUAACGGUCGCUUUUCCCGUUUCCCGCGCUCGUGAGGUAAAUACAGUUCAAAGAACACUUGUGGAAGCUUGGGGUUUGAUUAGAGAAACUUUUGUUGACCCAACAUUUAAUCAUCAAGAUUGGGAUAUGAAGUUGCAGCAAACAAUGGUGGAAAUGUUUCCACUGAAUUCAGCUGAUGCCGCUUAUACAAAGAUCAGUGGAAUGCUUUCUACUCUUGGGGAUCCUUUUACUCGUAUUAUCAGUCCAAAGGAGUACCAGAGUUUUAGGAUUGGUAGUGAUGGAAAUUUGCAAGGGGUUGGAAUCUUUAUAAAUGUUGAGCCAAAGACUGGUCAUUUGGUCGUUUUAUCGUGCAUUGACAGUAGCCCAGCUGCUCGUGCUGGCAUUCACCAAGGAGAUGAACUGAUUGAGAUUAAUGGGGAGAGACUUGAUGGUUUUGAUAGUGAAGCUGCAGCGCGGAAGUUGAGAGGGCCUGCGGGAACAUCUGUUACCGUAAAAGUCCACAAUGCAAAAAAUUCGACCAGCGAUUCUAGUAUAAGAGUGGUCAAUCUUCCUCGCGAGAACAUUAAGCUAUCCCCAAUUUCAAGUACAAUCAUUCCUCAUAAAACGCCAGAUGGCCGCCAAACAAAGACCGGUUAUGUUAAGCUAUCUACCUUUUCUCAGAGUGCUGCUGUUGAUAUGGCAAACACAAUACUUGAAAUGGAAACUGAAGGUGUACAUUCAUACAUUCUGGAUCUGCGGAAUAACCCAGGAGGUUUAGUAACAGCAGGACUUGAUGUUGCUCAAAUGUGGCUGGAUGGAGAUGAGACUCUUGUAAACACAAUCGACAGGGAAGGGAAUAUGCUUCCCAUCAACAUGGUUAAUGGGCACGCCCUAACGCAUGAUCCGCUUGUUGUUCUUAUCAAUGAAGGAAGUGCAAGUGCAAGUGAGAUUUUAGCCGGAGCAUUACACGAUAAUGGCCGAGCUAUCCUUGUAGGGCGCAAAACAUUCGGCAAGGGGAAAAUUCAGAGUGUGACAGAAUUGCAUGAUGGAUCUGCUCUAUUUGUGACGGUUGCAAAGUAUGUUUCACCUGCUCGUCAUGACAUAGAUCAGGUUGGCAUAAUGCCUGAUGUGCAGUGCACAACAGACAUGCUCAAUUCACCCAGAGAAUAUUCUUUGUUGAAGAAUAAGAGCUCUGCCUCAUCCCUUGAAGCUGAUUCUUGCAUUUUGGUAGCCGAACACCAACUCGAUGUUCAACAAUCCACUGGAACUGCAUCUUAGAAGCUCGGAUUCUGCAAUAAUGUAAAGAUUAAAAGGAAGAUAUUGACAGAUCAAUUCCCUUCCUUCUUUAGUAAUUGGAUUUGAACUCGAGGUCUCAAAGGUGAUCAUUUCGAUCCCCUCUUUGUACAUGUAUCAUCUAGUGUAUAUAUUGCACGAAAACAAAAGUAAAAUUGGAAAACUAGCGGAAUAUAUUCUUACAAAAAUAUAAAUUUAAAGUUCCGGAGGUUCAGUAAAUAAAACGUAGGAUUUAACAA